AUGCAGCGGCUGGGUAGAAGAGUGUGUCUGGCAAGGGCAGAAGCUUUGUUGUUUGCUGCAAGACGAGCAUCGAUCUGCAGUGGUGGUGGCGGCGACGUAGAUGAAGAAGCAGGCGCAGGCAUGGACCCCUCUAUUGGGUGGUUGGGAUUGGAGAAACAAGCACCCAAAGAGGACGAUAUUAGUCAGUUGACAGGAGAACAGACCGUGCUACUUGUCGUUGAUCGACCAAAAGUAUCAGAAUCUGAACAAGAUGUGCUCUUGGUCGAGCACCCAAGACUUGCACAGCCACAGCCGUCUCCGCUUUUCAGGACAAGCAGAGGCAUGAACAUCGAGCCGACGGCGGCUGGCAUCGGCAAGCGAAUAGCCUCCGUCCACAGCCAGGGUUUGGAACGAGCAUGA